UACAAAGCAGAUGUGAAUCUGCUUUUCCACGAAAGCAGUCACCACAUAAGUAGCUGCACCUUUGUCCUAACACUGACAGUCUGUGCUAUCAGUGCGAGGGAAAAGAGCGGUAAGAAGGAAAAUUCAUAAUUUAUUUCAAGAAAGAAAAAAAUUCCCGUUACUUCUAUAGAGGUUUAUAGACGCGGACGAUUUCACUGCAUUCAAAGGUAAUGUUAUUUUUAAUUUCGGUUGCUGUAAUUAUUUUGGCAACAUCUUUGAACGAGCCAUACAAUUUCCUAGUAAUUUCCAUCGACCAGUGAUAUAAGAAUUAUACGAUUUUCAUGUAUUGCCAAGUGUCAUCAUUUUUGAAACGGUUUCGGAAAGUCGAUCGACCUUUGGGUUGCACACUUAAUACUAAUCGUGUCUUCCAUAAUUUAGUUCUCGUGGUUUAACAGCCUUUUCAGGCGCCUUUUAUGUGCAUUUUGUAACAAUAACUGAAAAAUACCCGGGGAAAGAGCCAAACUUGUUGCAUUAAAAGUCCUGUAAAUCGAUCAUCAAGAAACCAAAUUUUCAGUGACAGACGUUAACAUCUGUCACGAACAUGCGAGAAGGAAAUAUUUCAAUUCACCACGAUGAGGAUUCGAACCUCAGACUUUUCGAAUCAUCGCAGUCGAAUCAUGGACCAACUAAGCUACAAACGUGAUUUAUAUCUUACAUAUACUGCUAGGAUCUCUUGCAUCAAAAACUAGUGUGUCAUGUAGAAAAAAAUGAUGAGGAUCUUACAUUUUGCACUCUGGUGAAACGCGAGAGACCUGUUUACAUCGAGAAAUUAAGUUGAUCGAUGUUUCCUCGCAUUCAGGCUUUCCGAGAAAGCUAAUACAAUUUCUUAAUAGGAGUGAAAUUCUAAUAGCCAUUCAGCCGUCAGGAAAUAUCUUAAAGAAAGAAAAACAUAAGUUCCCCUUGCUUUCAUAGAGGUUUAUAUACGCGGACGAUUUCACUGCACUCAGGGUAGUCAUUUUUCGGUUGCUGUUAGCGAGUGAUAGGUCGUAUUUGUAGAUGAGCCCAUCCUACUUCCUAGUAAUUUCUAUCGACCAGUGAUUAUAAUAAUGUACAAUUUUCAUGUAUGUCAACAUCAUUGAAACGUUUUCGGAAAGUCAAUCAACCUAUGGGUUACACACUUAUAAGUUCAUUGUUUUUUCCAUAAUCUAGGUCUCAUGGUUCAACAGCCUUUUCAGGCGCCUUUUAUUUGCAUUUUGUAACGAUUACUGAAAAUUUAAAAAAUGUCGGAAAAUACCUGGGGAAAGAGCCAAACUUGUUGCAUCAAAAGUUCUUUAAAUCCGUCAUUUAGAAACCAAACUUUCAGCGAUGGGUGGCAAGCAUUUGUCACGAACAUGCGAGAAGGAAAUAUUUUAAUUCCCCACUAUGACGAUUCGAACCUCAGACUUUUGGACCGAUUUCGCUGUCGGAUCAUAGACCAAUUAAGCUAUAGUAGACAAUUUAGUUUUAUCAACUUAGAUUAAAAUGUAAAUUGGCCACCGCAAAGAGGUUCUAAAGCUAACUUUUCGAGCGUUAGCUCUUCGUUAGGGCGACUGAUGUAAAGACAGUUUCUAAAGCUAACAUUACGAGGAUAAAAGCUUCGUAAAAGCGACAGACAACCUACGUAUCGGCAGCUAAGUCACAUGCUAAGUACAAACGAGACACUGUGUAGGAUAUGUCUGAUAUACUGCUAGGAUCUGUCUCAUCUAAAGCUAGUGUCUCGUGUGGAUAAAACGAGGAGGAUUGUACAUUUUGCACCCUUCUUAUAUUGCGAACUUGAGUUGAUCGAUGUUUGCACGUUCAGGCUUUCCAAGAAAGCUAAUCCAAUUUCUUGAUUGGAGCGAAACUCUAAAAGCCAUUCAGCCGUCAAGAAAUUAAGUUCCCCUUGCUUUCGUAGACGUUUAUACACGGGGACGAUGUCACUGCACUCUUCAAAGAUACUGUUAUAUUUUGGUUGCUGUAAUUAUUGACCACAUCUCUAAAUGAGCCAUAUCAUUUCCUAGUAAUUUCUACUGAUCCGUGAUAUGAGUAAUGCACAAUUUUCAUGCCCAUACUUUGCUAAAUGUUAUCAUAGUUAACACGUUUUCGGAAAGUCAAUAAACGUUUAGGCUACAUAAGUAAGUUAAUUUUUUUUUCCAUAAUUUAGGUCUUAUGGUUUAACAGCCCUUUCAUUCGCCUCUUAUUUGCAAAGCGUAUAAUUGCUGAAAAAUGCAGUUGGGAAAUACCUGGGGAAAAAGCAAAACUAGUUGCAUCAAAAUGUCUGAUAAAUAGAACAUUUAGAGGCCAAAUUUCCAGUGAUAGAUGGCAAGCAUUUGUCACGAACACACCACUAGAAAAUAUCUUAAUACACUGCGAUAAAGAUGCUCAACAACACAAACACACAAUCCGCAACACUAGCACAAAACUCUACACAAACACAAACUUAAGUCUGUGUUUGUGUAGAGUUUUGUGUUAGUGUUGUGGAUUUUGUGAUUCUGUUUUAAGUUUGUGUUUGUGUGGUAGAGUUUUGUGUUAGUGUUGCGGAUUUUGUGAUUCUGUUUUAAGUUUGUGUUUGUGUGGUAGAGUUUUGUGUUAGAGUUGCGGAUUUUGUGAUUCUGUUUUAAGUUUGUGUUUGUGUGGUAGAGUUUUGUGUUAGUGUUGCGGAUUUUGUGAUUCUGUUUUAAGUUUGCGUUUGUGUUGUAGAGUUUUGUAUUAGUGUUGCGGAUUUUGUGAUUCUGUUUUAAGUUUGUGUUUGUGUUGUAGGCUUUGUGACUUACCAGCCAUCGUACGAAAGUGUUUCAUGAGAAAAAAUGAGAUAAAAUGAGAUUGAUCGUACAUUUUGCAUCUUGGUGUAUCUUGAGAGACCUGAUUACAUUGCGAAUGUAAGAUGAUAUUUCGUCGCUUUCAGGCUUUCCAAGAAAGCCAUUCCAAUUUCCGUUUAACUGCUAAAAAAAAGGUAAACACGACCAGAAAAUGUCAUUUUCUUAAUCCUUUCCGUCAUAAAAUAGGCAUUUUAUGAUUCUAAAGUAUGAUUCUCGAGUAGAUGGCUUAUAUUAAGGUACAUAAGUAAGACAUCGUUUCAUAAAAAAUAACUUAAGAGCGUGAGUAAACAAUUCAGCUUGGAAGAAAAGGAGCAAAAUGUUGCUUCCAAUUUAGCUUGGAAGGAAACUAAUAUUCUCUUGUUGGCAAGAGAAUUUUAGUAUAUAUUCUCUUGCUGUUUGUAAUUUAUGCGUUCGUCUUGGUUUUUGCGGUAACCAGAAAACACUGAACUUCUUACAUCGUUGCAUAAGACCUGGAGUGGGGCAUUCACAGCCUUCUCUACAGCAGUUAUCAAACCUUCUAAAUCGGCCUAAGAUCUGAUUCAAAUUUUCCCUUCAAGCUGCUAAUACUGAACGGUAGAAUCUUUUAAUAGCUAACUCACUGAUCUACUCCCAGAAAUUUAUUCAUGCUUGAUGAUAAAUUAAUUUAUCCAUGUACAAUGAUAUAGUGAUCUACAGAAUGAUAUAUUAUAAGGAGAAGUGACAUAUCAGUCUCAUCUUGAAGUCAAAGGUUGCCGAAGAACCAUUACGUACCCAUAUUCAGUUCUAAAAUAAAAAGAUACUGGACAGGGUUGACUCAAGGAUACAAUUGGUAUGGAGGCUCCGGGUAAUGAGCUCCUGUAUUUACUGAUUUAUAACAAUUUAAUUUCAAAAUACAACCAUUUUUGUUAGGCUUAGUUCACAGUGGGUGAUUUGAUUUAAAAAGCUUGUUUCCUUUAUUAAACAGAGAAACGAGAACUCGUGGAAAAAUGAAUCAAAGUUCUAGGAACCAGCGUUUCGCUCAUCAGCAACCUGCUGGCCAAGUCCCUGCAGGUCAAUUGCAGCCCAUGUUUGUCGCGGCCCAGGCCCCUCCUAGACAGUAUGCUCAACAACCAGUUGGACAGGUUCAACAGGUCCAACUGGUUCAGCCCGCAGCAGCACAGGACGCGACAGUGCCAAAGACUACCGAUUAUUGGAAUAGUGCUUUGACUGCAGAAAGAGUGGUUGAGUUUGUGAGUUGUUGUUCCUUUUUCCACAAAUUGUUGUCAGAAUAAGCUGCCACAUUUUUAGAAGAAAGAUUGCUUAUUGAGCUAGGCUGCGACAGCUUUUUUUGAUUUUGAAGAAAAUGCAAGCUUAGUGCUCUGAAGCAUAACGAUACAUAUUUGCGAACAAUCUUUAAAUUGAACACCAAAAGCCCAGUAAGCCACCUGGCAAUGGGAAAAACCCGCGUUUUGAUUCACUGUUAUGACACCUCUAAUACAGUUUAUUUUUUGUUUGUAGCUUUUCCUGUCAGCUGCCUGGAUAUCGAUUGUUAGAUAUUCCAGCCUGAGCGGAAGCGAUGCACUGACAUCGCUUGGUUCAUAUUACGUAUAUUCCAGUGAUAUACAUGCAGUCGGGAGAGUGAAUUUUUUUAAGGGAAUUACAGUGUUCUGCUGGAUCGUGUCCAUUGUGUUUCAAAUUGGGUUUGUUUUUGGCUUCAACCAUAUCAAGCGUCUCUUUUCACGACCGUCACACUUGACAAUUGUGGUAAGUUUAUCGUUGGUGAAAAUGUAUAUUUUACAUUUGAGACCAGUUAACAGACUUCCAUGGCUGUGGAAGAGUGUCGCGAUAAUCGACAGCUCGGGAGUAUUGAUACUUUUCUAGAAUAAAAUGACACCCUACUAAUGGUUCAUCAGAUUUUCCUUAAGUAUUUGUAUGCAAAGCCACGAAUAGGAAUGCAGGGUGAAGUAGAAAUCCCAUUUUCCAGCCUAGGUUUUGCCCAAAUCAAAUUUCACAGCCUAAUUCUUGUCAAAAUCUUUCUCCAAUUGCAUUUUUUGUGCAUACUUUCCUGGGACUCAAGUCAAAUUUAUUUUCAUUAAAAAACCAAAGCAAAUCCUCGUUCGUCAUUUACCACUUCAGGCCUCUCUGUGCAUGGGCAUGAAUUUAAGGAGCCACGUCACUAAAAGGAGCCAAAUCACAGUUUGCGUGCAUCUUGAAAGAUUUAUCCUAAAUCUUUGUGUGUUCGUCAUUAAUUAUCAUUUGCAAUUCACUUUAAUGUUCUCAACCCUUAAAAAAUCUUGUUCCUUACUGGUUUAUUGUCGGCUUUUGCUUGACGAGCUAUUAUUAAACGAUUUGAAAAAAAAAGCUGUUAAGACCUCCUUUCCCCUCCCCUCUCCUCCCCUCUCUGUCUUUCCCCCCAAACUCUUCUAAAAUAUGACAGUAAUUAGAGGAUGAUAAUAGUAAUGACAAUGAAAAUGAUAAUGACAACGAUAAUGACAAUGAUAGUGAUAACGACAAUGACUAUGACAAUGAUGAUGAUGAUGACGAUGACAAUGAAAAUAACGAUAACGAUGACGAUGAUAAUGAUAAUGAUAGUGAUAACGACGAUGACUAUGAGGAUGAAAAUAACGAUAACGAUGACCAUUACCAUGACGAUGAUGACGAUAAUGAAAGUUUUAUCGUUCGUCCGGCGAUAUAGUUAAUUCUGAACCUAUCAGAUUCAGCUUUUCUCUUUUUCUCCACAGUGCUUCAUUGUGCAUAUCCUCCUGACCAUCUUACUGGUGGCUUGUACAGUGAACCUCGUGUUUCAUGCGCAUGAGAUGUCCAAGGCUUACGACUCACUGCCCCCGGCUAUAAGGAUUAACCUUGAUGAACUCUACUUGGCACUGGUAAUCUAGAACGACAGUCUAUCCUUUAAGCCUUAAUAUGUGCCACAGAAUAAAAAGUUUACGACUAUACUAUGGGAACUUUUAUUAUUAUUACAAGGAAAAUAGGCGUAUGAAGAGAACUCAGAUUCGUAGGUAGUUCGCCGAGUAGAAUCCAUUUUCAGUGUUUGAAGCCAAAUUAUUACAUACAAAACAUAACCAGCCGCCUUAUAAGGGGACGGUGGGUUUUCCUUUGAGGAGUGAAACUUAAUGAUUUUGGUACUCUAAAACGUUUUUCCUCAACUUGUAAUAACGAUUUUCUACCUUUUUCGACAGAUUUUUGGUUUUCUGGUCUGCUUUUCUUUCUUCGAAAGCGUUCGAUUGUUCUACAAAAUGAUCGUUACGCAAAGAGGAGAGGAAGAAACUGAGGACACUGCACAGACGGCUCGGGGGCCUGGUAUUCAGUCUUCUGCCAUGUAACCCAAAGGUCACAUUUGAACAAGGAAAAAAACCCUUUAUCUAGCUUACGAGAUAUACCAGCGUGUUGAACCUAGUUAACAUUAGAAAUGCCUGAAACGACUUGAUAAAGUUGAUGAAAUAUGUUACUCAUUGCAACUUUCUUUUUUGAGGGUGUUAGGUUUCGUAUUUUUGUGCUUUACACUAUCGGAUCGCGUUUGCUUGCAUUUUUUUAGUCGGAUUGUUCAGUUAUGUAAUAGAGGUCGUCAGCUAAUGACUGGGCCUAACCAAUAUACUCUAACCUUAUACUCUUCUUGACCUUGCUGACUUAGAGUUAUAGUUAGUCACUUUAUGUGAAUGCAGAAAAAUAAAUUUUGUACAUGGUCAGAUUGCUC